AGUGGCUGGGAGUCCGUAGCACACUGAUGUAGCCAGGGUGGCUUUCUCCAGCUGGGAUGAAGGACUUGAGCAGAAACUCAUUGUCAGCUUCUUCCCUACGUGAGACCCAACGGAGUCCCAGGUCCCCAAUCUCCUCCCAGGACGUUGUGCACAGUGUCCCCCGUUCUUGAACAGCCAUAACGAUGGAGGUGCUUCCCAAGGCCCUGGAGGUAGAUGAGAGGUCACCAGAGUCCAAGGACCUGCUACCCAGCCAGACAGCCAGCUCCCUGUGCAUCAGCUCCAGAAGCGAGUCUGUCUGGACCACCACCCCCAGAAGCAACUGGGAAAUCUACCACAAGCCCAUCAUCAUCAUGUCAGUGGGCGCUGCCAUUCUGCUCUUCGGCGUGGCCAUCACCUGUGUGGCCUACAUCUUGGAAGAGAAUCAUAAGGUUGUGCAAGUGCUCAGGAUGAUAGGGCCUGCCUUCCUGUCCUUGGGACUCAUGAUGCUGGUGUGUGGGCUGGUGUGGGUCCCCAUAAUCAAAAAGAAGCAGAAGCAAAGGCAGAAGUCCAACUUCUUCCAAAGCCUCAAGUUCUUCCUCCUGAACCGCUGAUGACGGGUUGUCCAGAAGAUCUGCUGACCAAUAAGCAGCCUCCUACCUUCUCUGUAGGUACCACAAAGUUGAUCCAGGCAAACCCUCCUCUUGGCCCUAUGGACAGGAUAGAGCUCAGGGCUUCACCCUCAUACAACCUAGCAUAGUUGCUGGCUGAGUCUCACCUGAUUCCCAUUGCUGUGGAUGCGGCGCCCUUGGAUACUCUCAUUACCCUCAUCCCUGGCACCUGCAUUUCAGCCAUCAUCCAUCCCAUUCUCUCUGCCAAGGGCAAUUCGUGCAUGCUGGGAAAUUCUUUGGGGGUUGACUACAUUCCCAAGGAGAACUUGUAUGUUACAGUUGUGUGCCUGAUCUUAGAUUCCCAUCUGCAUCCUUCUGGAACCAAGAGUGACCAAGCAGAUAAGGCUUACUACAGUUUCACUGGGUUUGACAGCCUUGGUUCCCUCCUUGGAUGGGACACUGACUAACAUUACAAGAGGAAGGACAUGUCUCAUGUAUCACACAUUCCAAAAUCUGGACAGUGAUGGGGAUGGGGUGAGGGAAACACUGUCUAGACAGACCAUUCCUCGGGGAGUCAUCUGGAAUUUAUACAGCCAAGGAAGUUAGCUCCUAAAUAUAUGGUAUUGGCACAAGAGGUAAUAUGCAGGCUAAGAGGUAUCGCCGAUUCCCCUUGAGCCUCCAAUGCCCUUCUUGCAGAACGCCUUCAUAUUAGCAAUUAGCCAAGAAUUAGCUCAUUGUUCUAACUUCCUUCCCCACCACAUCUGUGCGUAUACACAGCUCCAGAACAGAAGGAUAGAAGGUCACAGAUGGGACCUGUAAGACCAUCUCCCCCUCCUGUCAAUCAAGACCUAACCUGAGAUUGAUGCCAUGUCUGACUCACGCUGCAUGAGGUUUUAGAGUUAGGUUCAAUGAGAAGAAAAAUCCCAGCUUCCCUCAUCCCUGUUACUCCCUACCAAACAAGCAAGUAUUUAUUGAGUUCCCUUCUCUGGGCCUAGGUCUCUGAUGUCAUCUUAUUUCCAAAAGUGAAAGAGGGAGAAACAUGGCCAAGCCAACUGG